AUGUUCUUUAGAAAGAAAAAACCUGUUUUAGAGCAAUAUACAAAUGAUUUGAAAACUAUCACCAAAACUAUCCAUAAAUUGGAAAAUAAAUUAAGGAGGAAAAGGUAUUUCAAUGAUAACUUAAACUUAUAUAUCUUAUGGUAUGGAUCCUUGGUCAUCUUGCUAUGCCAAUGCCUUUUAUAUUUCUACUACCAUACUACUAGCUUUAAGAUCAAUUGUUUAUCAAUAUUUAUAUCCAUUAUUAUAUUAUACUUACUUCGAUUAUUAUUAUUUAAAAUAAACGAAUGGUCUAUUAAAAGGUAUUCAUUAAAAUUAGUAUCGCUUAAAGAAAGACAUCAAUUAAAAAUAAAUGAAUUGAAGAAUGAAACAAACUUUAAUAUGACUAAUAUAAUUAUAAAUCGAUUCUCUUCAGGUGAUUCAAAAGCUGAAGAUGCCAUUGAAUUAAUUGAUGAUGAAUUAAAAGAAAAAAAAUUGCAAUUAGAAAAUCUUGAGAAAAAUUUAAGAUUAUUAGAAUCACAAAAGGAUAAAUUAAGUGAAGAUAAAUGGUUUGAUAAAGUCAUUAGCACGUUAGCCGGUGGAAAUGAUAUAAAUAAUAUGUUUGUUCCAGAAGUUUGUAAGAAAUGCGGCUGUUUUAAUGGUGUAUUUAAAUUAGCUAAUAGAGAAGUUCAUUGGGUUUGUCCUGAUUGUAAGUUCGAAAAUAAAUAG